UUUCAAAAUAGAUUUUAAUGAAAUAGAUAAUUCAAAAGACUUAUAUAAAUUAAUUUUGAAAUCAUUACCAAGUUUAAUGGAAUUUUCGAACCAUCAUAUGAUGAGUUCCGGUGGAUCAACAUUUUAUAAAAUAUGGAUUAUGUCAACCCUCUUAGGCUCCAGUCAAGAAAUAACUGAAGAUCACCUAAAUGAUUUUACGAAAAUUUUAUCACUUGAAAACAACGUUCUUUCAGGGGAAAUUCCUAAGAGGUUGAAAAACGUGUCGAAUGUAAUUGCUAGAUCUGGUAAAUCGAAAGAAUUCCAAAAAUUGACUCCUAAAGAAUGUUUACCUUGGCUUCAAAAACACGUGCCAGAAGCAGAAAAACAAUUUCAAGAAAUAUUAAAAGAACAUGGUCAUCGAGGUAUAAUGGAGUUUGAUAUGUAUUAUGAACCUUGGAGUUUAAAUCCAACACCCUUACUAGAAGCCUUACAAAGUACAUCACACAUGGAAUUAACCAACACAGAACGCGGUGAAGUUAAUAUAAAAAAUUUAAUAAACAGUCUUAAAACACCAAAAAGCUUCAUUUCAAAGUUGUUUUUAAGAUAUUUAAUACCAAAAUUACAAUCUUGUAUACGCAGUCGAGAAUUUACAAAAUCUGCACUCAUUCUAGUAGGACAUAAAUUCCGAUUGGCAUUCCGACAUUUAGGAUAUCUAUUGGAAAAAGAAGGGAAGUUACCAAAUGCCAAUCUUAUAUUUUUCCUAACCAAAUAUGAGCUUAAUGAAUUAAUCCAUGAAAAUAAGACUGAAUUACUUGAGAAGGCCGCCAGAAGACAAAAGUUGUAUCCACAGCUGAAUAAGAUAACAUAUGAAGAGUACAAUUAUGGGAGACCUGAACCAAUUCCAGACGUAAUAUCAACCAUUGAUUUAGAAAGUGAUUGUACACUAAAAGGCACUGCUGUUUAUCCUGGUUUAAUACAAGGUCGUGCUUGUGUUAUUACAGAUAUUUCCCAGGCUCAUUUAAUUCAACCAAAUGAUAUUUUAAUAACUACUGCCACGGAUGUUGGUUGGUCACCAUAUUUCCCAAUGAUUUCAGGUCUUGUAACAGAAAUAGGUGGUUUAAUAUCGCAUGGAGCAGUGAUUGCUCGUGAAUAUGGUAUACCUUGUGUUAUUGGUGUCAAAGGUGCUACAAGAAUGUUUGCAACUGACAAUCAACUAAUUCUGGACGCAAAUAAAGGAAAUAUUUCACGUGUAAUUACUAAAGAUCAAUAAAAACCAGUAUUUGUUAUUUUU